CUCCGGUUGUCUCAGGUCUAACACAAUAAAAGCUCUACGGUACAUUUACUGAACUUUAAUCCUGGAUGAACUCACGAAAUGUUUUCUUUAAAAAGGCAACGAUAACUUAGGUGCUCGUAUUUUUUUUUUUAUUGAUAGAAUUUCAGUCUUAGGACAGCUCAGCUACACAUUAGUUGUGACUCUAGCGUUACAAGAAGACGACGACAGUGGACCACCGACGCGCGGUACCCGAGGAAAUAAACUCUCAAAGUGCAUAUUCAUAUUCGUCGACGUCAGUGAACCUCACGUGAUUCAUAAGUGUCGACUUACAUGUGAUCCAAAUGUGGAAAAAAAAGUGGCUUUUUAUGACCUAUUUAAUAUCACAAAAACAGUAACUCACUCAAACACCUCCGGACACCCAACGCCGACAUUUCAGACAAAAUAUACGCCGGGUCGGAUGUCCCAAAACAAAAGUCAAGUAGAAUAUCAGAUGUAACAUUGGAGAGCAACACGUAUGAGUGUGUAGAGUCGACUGUUAAUUAGUUUCACGUUUAAUUAACCGAAGCGUUCAGUCGAGGUGCAUGUUGCCUUCAGCCUCCAGGUCCUCGGGCACUGGAGGGUCUCAAGGGGAACGACGAGGAGACGAGGAGGUGAGGUGAGGGGAGUUUGGAGACUUCCUGGAGGGACGUGAGGACAUGUGGAUGAAUACAUGGACUCGGAAUCAAUGCUGUUAUCAACCCUUGUCCGUCUGGGUCCAACAUGGCAACCAGCUGGGGGAUCUGCAGCGCGGGGAAGAUCAGCCACGACUUCACUGUGGCCCUCAACACGCUUCCGGAUGAAGACCACCGGGUUGUGGCCGUGGCGGCUCGCAAAUUAGAAGAUGCUCAGGAAUUUGCCAAAAAGCACAACAUCCCCCGGGCGUACGGCAGCUACGAGGAGCUGGCCAGAGAUCCAGAUAUAGACGUGGUGUACGUCGGCGUCAUCAACCCCCACCACCUGAGCGCCUGUCGGCUCUUCGCGGACGCCAAGAAGAACGUGCUGUGCGAGAAGCCGCUGGCCAUGAACGCCAAGGAGGUGAAGGAGAUCCUGAGCUCGGCCGAGAGGAACGACGUCUUCCUCAUGGAGGCCGUCUGGACCCGGUUCUUCCCGGCCUCCGUGGAGAUCAAGCGGCUGCUGGCCCGAGGCGAGGUGGGCGAGGUGAAGGUGGUGAGGGCCGAGUUCGGCCUGCCGUUGAAGGACGUGCCGAGGUCGGCGCAGAAGGAGCUGGGCGGAGGGGCGACGCUCGACCUCGGCGUCUACUGCCUGCAGUUCGUGUGCAUGGUGUACGACGGAGAGAAGCCAGAGAGCAUCCAGGCCACGGGGGUCUGCAUGGAGACGGGAGUGGACGAGACCGUCGUCGUCGCCAUGAAGUUCUCCAGGGACAGGCUGGCGGUGUUCACCUACUCUUCAGGUGUAGAGUUGUCCAACGACGCCGUCAUCGUGGGGUCAAAGGGCAGCAUCAGGAUCCCCGCCCACAUGUGGUGCCCCACGUCGUUGGUCGUGAACGGGAAGGAGACCCGGUACCCGGUGCCGCCCCCCCGUCUGCCUCUCAACUUCCUCAACAGCACGGGGAUGCGCUACGAGGCGGAGGAGGUUCGGCAGUGUUUGCUCAAAGGACUAAAGGAGAGUGCGGUCGUCUCCCACGCCGACUCCCUCCUGCUGGCGGAGGUGGAGGAUGAGAUCCGCCGCCAGGUGGGGGUGGAGUACCGCCAGGACGCCAGAGACGAGGAGCGUGGAGCUCGAUGACGUCGCCAUGUUGAAUAAACCAGUUUGCGGAGCAUGAAUACUUCUUUAUGGCCUCAUAAUAAACUUCCUUCGGAGGUCAAAACUGAA